UGAAAGUAGUCAAUAGAUCCUGCAGCAGAAAUCUCUUCAGCAACAAAGUCAAAGAUGACCAGAACAACAGCUGUAAUGACUGCCAUCCUGCUCCUGUGUGCUCUUGCUGCACAGGGCAUUCCAAUCCCAGGUACUCAAGGACGGUGUCAGUGCCCUGAGAACCCCAGCUCCAACUUUAUCGCUCCGAGAGCCAUAAUGAAUUUGCAAUACAUUCCCAAAGGAUCACAUUGUGAGAGACAAGAGAUAAUCAUCACCAAGAAAAAUGGGCAGAAAUUUUGUGUGAGCCCUGAUGCCAAGUGGGUGAAGAUCAUCAUUAGAUCCAAGAAAGGUUCCAGACCACAUAACUAAGAAUUGAAGCUGCAAUGAGAUUCACUUGAUUGCCUGCCCAGGGAAUUUGCUGUACAGUGAACACAGAAAUGAAGGAAGCUCCCUGUAGGGCAUUCAGUUUCUGAUAUCACCAUUGGAUAUGUUGUUUCAGCAGUUCCCCUGCACUGAUUCUCUGAAACCAAUUUCAGUGUUUAACCCUCUUACGCUGUAGCUGUUUACACAGAGCCUAAGAAAUCAGGUUGCUUUUGUGAACAUUCGUGCCAUGCUGGAGGUUUUCUUUUCAUGUAAUAUUGCAUGGGAUGUAAUAUGUAUAGUUGUUAUGAAUAUGGCCUGGUACUGUUACCAGAUACUACACAACUGAAAGCAAUUUGUUAACUUUCUGCAUAAGUAUUGGAAAAUAAUUCCAAUCAUCAAAAGAUUCCGGUAGAUGAGGAAAUAAUAACAGAUUUGUGAACUUGGGGAUGAAUCCAGCUAAAGCAGAUCUGUUGGUUUCAAAAUGCUUUUGUUAUUAAGAUAAUUGGUAAAAUUUUUUCAAUGAUUUAUUGACUGUUAAUAAAUUAUUUGUGAAUCACUGCCAAAGCCAGCACUUAUCCCCGUUCCUUUAGGCAUGUGCUGGUAAGCUACUUUGUAGAACUGUUGCAGUCCUUGUGCAUCUAAUGAUCGGAAAGAUCUGACGGCAAAAUGGAUGAUAGUGCAAGGCGAAGUAGACAACAACUAGGCAAGUAAAGGGGCAAAAACUGUGUUUUGAAGAGGUGCAAAUGGCAAAAUGCAGAAUAGAGAACAAAUCGCUACAGUCCAACCAGAUGGUGGAGGGACAGGGAUUGUGAUUGGAAACUGUUUACAAUAAUAUUGAUUCUGGAGAGUGUAAAGUGGCCUGUCAAAAAUUGAGGUAAUAUUUCUUGAGCGAAUACUGACCUGUAUUGGAACAAUGUAGGAGAAUAUGGCCAUAGUGUCUAGAAUGGUAAUAUAGAAAUACAGUUGUGUGACAAUACAGAUAGCAAAAAUUGCAGUGCUGCAGUCAGAGAUAACAAGGUGUUGAGCUAGAAGAACACAGCAGGCCAGGCAGCAUUGGAGGAGCAGAAAGCUGACA